AUGAUUCUAAGGAAAAUCAAGGAGGAUGGGGAGGCGGCUGGCCCGACGGACCUGGACGAACUGGCUCGGCAUUGGAAUGCACUCUACAUUCGGGUGUCCAAGACUGUGAAGGAGCUGUCGACCUGCCAACCCGCCGCCGAUCUGAAGAAGUUCUUGGGCGGCUUCCGGAGCUGGGUGAACCAGUUCAAGAGAAAGGUCGGGAACUCGAAGAAGACAAAGAAGGACAGCAGCAAGGACGAGAACAAGAAAGCGAAGGUGAGCGGCCCUCCUGCGGGAACUGGUACGAAGAUGGGCGAAGAGAUCCUCAGCAGCUAUGCCGGGGCCUUGAAUGCCGGGCAGGAGGUGUCUGAGAAUUUCAAUUUGGCCAAAGAAUGCUUCAAUGCCCUCGACUGGCUGUGCCAGGGCAAGGGGUCGCAGUGCCUGCAUAUCACCGCAGCACAGACAAAAGCCUUCGUCGAGCUGACCUACUUCGCUCAGCAGAAAGACUGGGUCUAUGAGAGCUGGAACAAGGACAAGGCCAAGGCCCAGGUGUCCUUGGCCCUUGUGGCCAAGAGCAACAUUGCGACGAAGAUCCUCAAGGCUUGGGCCAACAUCUUCACACCCUGCUUUUGGUCCUUCGGCAAGAAGACCCACAAGAUCUUCUACUCCACCGACUACGGCCUGACGGAGUUCAAGGCGCCUGUGCCAGAUGACGGCCUCAAAAGCUUCGGCAGCUUCUGCCAGACCGUGAGCGAAAACGACAGCCAGAACUGGCUGGAUGAGUGCAACGAUCAUGGCUGGGCUGUUCUGCUGAAGAAAGGCGACAUGCUGGGAAUCCCAGCUGGCCACGCCUACAUUCAGGUCUGUGUGGAAGAGUCCCACGGCGUCAGGAUCCUGAAGGGCUCCCGCCGUGGUCUUUUGCAAAGCCAGCAAAGAGAUCCUGAAGGCCAGGAUCGAGCAGUGGCCGGAGUUGCAAGAGCAUCGUACCGGAAAGCUGCUGGCCUGGGCGAACUCGGUGUGAAAGAGUUUUCUUUUUCUGGAUGA